AUAGCUCAUCAAGCAACUCGAUCGACCACUCCACCAAGAACACAUUAAAAUGGACGCCCAGAACAAGGAGGUCGACGCCCUGGUCCAGAAGAUCACCAGGCUCCACGCCGCCAUCUCCAAGCUGCCCUCGCUCAGCCCGUCCCCCGACGUCGACGCGCUCUUCACCGACCUCGUCACCGCGUGCGUCCCCGCGAGCCCCGUGGACGUGACCAAGCUCGGCCCGGAGGCGCAGGCGAUGCGGGAGGGCCUCAUCCGCCUCUGCUCCGAGGCCGAGGGAAAGCUGGAGGCGCACUACUCCGACAUGCUCGCCGCCUUCGACAACCCGCUCGACCACCUCGGCGUCUUCCCCUACUACAGCAACUACAUCAACCUCAGCAAGCUGGAGUACGAGCUCCUCGCGCGCUACGUGCCCGGCGGCAUCGCCCCGGCACGUGUCGCGUUCAUCGGCUCCGGCCCGCUGCCGUUCAGCUCAUACGUCCUCGCCGCGCGCCACCUGCCCGACACGGUGUUCGACAACUACGACCUGUGCGGCGCGGCCAACGCCCGUGCGAGCAAGCUGUUCCGUGCGGACAGCGACGUGGGCGCCCGCAUGUCGUUCCACACCGCCGACGUCGCGGACCUCACCGACGUGCUCGCCACGUACGACGUCGUCUUCCUGGCCGCGCUCGUGGGCAUGGCUGCCGAGGACAAGGCCAAGGUGAUCGCACACCUUGGCGCGCGCAUGGCGGACGGGGCGGCCCUCGUCGUGCGCAGCGCGCACGGGGCGCGUGGGUUCCUGUACCCGAUCGUCGAUCCCCAGGACAUCGGCCGAGGCGGGUUCGAGGUGCUCGCCGUGUGUCACCCCGACGACGACGUGGUGAACUCCGUCAUCAUCGCACAAAAGUCCAACGACAUGCAUGCGAAUGGACUUCGCAACGGGCGUGGUGGACAGUACGCGCGGGGCACGGUGCCGGUGGUCAGCCCACCCUGCAGGUUCGGCGAGAUGGUGGCAGACGUGGCCCAGAAGAGAGAGGAGUUUGCCAACGCGGAAGUGGCCUUCUGAUCGCCGUGAGGUCAUCAUCCGUGCGCCGAUGCUAAAUCACUUUGCAAUCGUACGUGGUAAUUUUCCUGCUCCUCCUACUACCACCAUCAAUGUAUGCAUUUCAAAUCAUGUAUUGUUUGUAUCCAAUAAUAUACGUGGUAAUUUCUGUUGGA